AUGGAACCCGAGGUUGUCCGUGUAAAGGUAGAAAUGUAGUGUGUUCGGCAGAAUGUCAUUGUGGCACGCGUGCAAAACCUUGCCAAAAUAAGGUAAAGCAAUCUAAACUUUUAUAUGUUCACAACUUUGUUUAUAUUCCAGGAAUUAUAAUAAAUAAUUUGUCUGACUUUGAUAUAGGGAACAGCCGCUAUUCCUGAAAGACAAUUAAAACGCAAAACAGCAGGAAAUCCAAGACAAGGUUUUCGCCUUACUCACGCGACUACAGAGUCGUAUGUACUUCAAUUAAUUGUGUAAACGUUCUCUGGUUAAAAAAGAUUUAUUUAUUAACAAGCUUUCGACUGCCAGUCUGCAGUCUUCGACGGGUAGAUUUAUGAAGACGAAGACUGCAGAUUGUAGACUAUAAUAAAUCUACAGUCUGCAGAUUGAAGACUGCAGACUGUAGAUUUAUGUAGACGAAUACUGCAGACUGGCAGUCGAAAGCUUGUUAAUAAAUAAAUCUUUUUUAACCAGAGAACGUUUACACAAUUAAUUAUGAAUCCUGGUUUCGCUUCCAACAUUUUUAAAUGUAUGUACUUCACUUUAAAAUAAUAUUUUAAUAAUAUAAAAGAACAAUUGAUGAUUUCAUAUUACACAUAUCUAGUAGUAGCAUAACAUAUACAGUAUACAAUGUCUUGUCAGGGUUUUGCAUUGAUAACUAUUAAAUCUUGUUCUACUGACAGCACUGUAUUUAUUUUAGAAAUUGAUAUCUACACUAGACGCCAAUACGGUGAAAAAGCUAGCUAUUCGUAGUUUACGCAGAGGUAUUGGUAGUAUGGACUACAUCGACACACUAAUGAUAAUGGAGGAUGACCUUGAUGAAGAUGAUCAGGAUGCAGAAAGGUUAGCUGCAUUUGGUGAAUCAUCCAAUGAUAAUCCAUUAAACUCUGGUACAGACCCUUCUCAGAGUCCUUCCCACCCUCAAGACCCAAAUCCAACACCAGAACCCACACUUGAAUCGGUGCCAGAUUGGUGCACAUGUGGCAAAUGCAGACCAAUGCCACAAGAGGUUGAGAACAAAUGUUGUAGGCAAAAGAAAUGCAUAACCUCAACUUCCCGUUUUGCAAAAUUAUGCCUUGAUCCAGAUGUGCUGGAGCUUUGUAUCCGCAAUAGGAGUGA